AUGGAAUGUACCCAUUUGUUAGAUAACGUCAAGUUGGAUAGCGAUCUUUUCGGUGAGGAUAUAACGAUCACAAAGAAUUUCAACUGUUCAGAAUGUCAUAUCAAGGAACAGAAUUGGCUUUGCCUGCAUUGCGGGAUCGUCAACUGUGGCCGGUAUGCCAACGGGCACGCAAAACUACACGCAGAAUCAUCUGACCACCAGUUGUGCAUGAGCUGCGACGUAUUUUCCGUUUACUGUUACAAAUGUGAUGACUAUGUUUCAAAUGAUGUAGAACAUCUAACAAUAGACAAAAUAAGGCAGCAUAUAAUGCGAGCAACAGAUGGUAAUGUUAAUGAAAACGAAAAGGAAAUCACAAAAGAUUGUUCGGAACAAGAAAGUCAUUUAGAGGAUACAAGUGAAAAGUCAUUGUCACCUAUUACCGAAGAAAACUCUCAUUCAGAAAUACAGGUGGCUACAUGUGAGAUCUCAUCUGAACCGAGUGCCUCGGAGAAUGUUCAGAGCAAAAAAACAAUUAAGAACCCAGAUGAACCAGUUAGAAGUUUGAGACCGCGGUCUCGUAAAAGAUCUCAUUCGGAAGAUAGUUUAGCUGAAAAUUCAUCGGUACCAACGAAGAGCAAACAGAAAGGUUUACCGAUAAAUGGGAAGAGUCAGAAGGAUAAGAAAAUUGUAGGUUUAAAAAAUUUAGGCAACACAUGCUUCAUGAACGCUGUGCUGCAGAGUCUUAAUAAUAUACAAGAAUUUAGUUACUACUUUAGUCAACUGCCUUCUUUGGAAAUGAAGACUAAUGGAAGGAAGGUUUAUCAUUCGAGGAGUUACACGAGACAGGAGAUGCAUGAUGUUGUUAUGGCUGAGGAACUUAGAAAGGUAUUAAUAAAUCUCAACACGGGUGGCUGUGGUUCUAAAGCCGCUAUAUCUCCUGAAUGUCUGUUCCUGGUCAUAUGGAAGGUAGUUCCUCGUUUCCGUGGCUACCAGCAACAAGAUGCACAUGAAUUCCUUCGAUACAUGCUUGACAGUAUGUUAUAA